AGUUUCUAACGUAAUAAGCUGCAAGUAGAUGGAUGGAUAAAUGGAAAACGUAAUGCAGUAUAAAUUCACAACACUGAGCCCUAGAAUGGAGUUUAAAGUAUAAAAACAUACCGGUAAAAUUCUGAUGCCGGAACUGAUGCACUAGUUUGCUAUUUUACACAUAUUUCGUAGCCAUAUGGCCCUGCAACUUUAAGAUAUACUUCACUUGUAAUCCACCACACAGCUUUAACCUCAUUUUGUUUAAUAUUCACUCACUUUUCGUAAUAAAUUCACUUUGUUUUGAGACCCUGCGUGGGUUAGAUGUGUUCUGUCACUUCUGACAGUUUGACGUUUAUAAACUGGUUGGGGAAGAUUUGAGUCACAUAAAUACCCGUUCAAUGAAAAGUUUUUUUUUCUUGUCGGAGAAAAUCUGAUUUCAUUUUCAUUAAGAUAAAUUAACAUUAUAACAUGUAAAGUAAUUCUAGGAUAUUGGUUUGCAAUAAAAUUUAGCUAAUAGUUUGGUUUUGUUUUUCUUCUGCGGCGUUAGUCGUGUUCUCAUUUGUCUAUGAUAUGGUCAUUAGCAAAGGUGACUAUUUGCAUUACGGGGUUGAAGAUUCGUUUAAUGUAAGUUAAUUUCUUCUUUCCAUACAAAAAUACUUAGAAUUUUAAAAUGAGGGGUAUGUUGUUAUUUGUCUUAAUUUUUGGUGAAAGUUUUCACAAUCUAAUAUUUCCUUUUCUUUGGUUGGAUACGUGGCUAAGGUCUCGGGCCACCAUUGAAAUAUUGUGAUUGCCUGAAGUGAAUCGUAGCUGACAGCAUGUGAAAUUAUGAGAUAGUUAAUAUCCCAGGCAAUCUAUUCAUUCCGGGCCGAGCCCGUUAAACUCGAUUAACCUAAAAAUGUAAGCCGCCCUUACAAAGAAAAGUAAACAGCCAGUUUAUUUCGGUGAGUUUUGGUAAUAAAACAAGUGUUGCUCGGAGGUUAUUCCUUCAUGUUCUUUGUCCAGAACACCGUUUCUUAUUAUUUUGUAUUACCUUUCCAGCCUUCAAUCUUCCCAUCGCUGCCACGUGAGAACGUGACGGUGACAUCCAGAGGAAAAUAAGGAAAACACCCAGCCUUUCUGGUAAGUGGUUUUAUCUCUGUUACACCAAAAACCCCUAAAAGCAACCCCGCGAUUAAAAAUAUAGAAUUAAUUAAAACAACAAGUUACCGAUUUCCAAAAUUAUCUCACCUGGUUAUUUUGUUUGUCCACCAGGGUGUUUUUAUCCGGGUAUAUGUUCCCCAUACUAUCCUGCUACUAUCCUGGUAUUAUGUCCUGAACUGGAGUUAGCAGUUUGCUGCCAAAACUACUCGUGAGAGAAACCGCCCAAGUUUGUGAAACGGAUUAAUACCUAGGAUAUUUUACAUUUAUAACAUAGCAUUUUUAAUUAAGGAUAUCCAUCCAGGAAUAAGACCAAUAUAAUUUUGUGGAGCGAUAUAAAUAUAUAUAUUUCCUGUAAUAAAACUUAAAUUAAAUACUUCCACCUCCGUUAGACUGUACGAUGGUGAUAGAAAAUAAGAACUUAGUGAAGGUUGUUCUUACAAUAAAUUAAUUAAAUUAGUUAUAGUUGUUUCUUUCAAUUGCGAUCAUUCGUUAGCUAAAAGAGUGAGGAAAGGGGCGCUCUAAAAACUUAAAUUUGUUCUUUAGUACUUUCGUCAACAAGUUUCAAUAUAAAUACCUACCUCAUUCUUUGCUCCCAGGCGAACGAUAUCCCAUGACCCUGCUCGAGUUCUUUAAAUUAGCUGAGGCAUAAAUAAAACGGGUGUCCGAACUUAGCCACAUAGAAAUAAAGUUAUUAUCCGAACUUACCCCAACCUAUGUGCAUAGGUGAAAGACACUGUUACAUGUUUCUAGGGACCCCUCUGUGGUGCCGAACAUUAUAAGUGGCGUUCCCAACGUUGAGCCUUAGGGAGAAUAUCGCAAUUGGAAAAAAUAAUAGAAUUUAUUACUUUAGUAUUAGUGAAGGCGAAUAUCUGGCUGUACUUUAAUUUAAUAUAAGUUGUAUUAUCUGCUGUAUUGGCGAACAUUUGUUGGCUAUUUACAAUUAUUAUUAUUGACAAAUUUAAGCUUAGAAACUUAAAAUAUUCUGUGUUACUUGUCAUAAAACUUAAAAAAAAAAAAAUUUUUUUAAGCUUAUAAACUUAAACAAUUAGAAGUGUAACUCCUUAUAUAUAGAGGUUGUAUAUCAUACAAAAUAAUUUUGGAAAUCUUUUCUUAAUUCGGACAUUUCGAUAAAAGUAUACCGUACUUUAAAAACAAAAUGGAUUUCAUAAAAGCAGGUUGCAAAAUAACGCAUUUACACAAAGAUGAAAUCACACACGAGUUGGCGAUUCGUAGGCUUCCAGUAAAUCCAGUUUCCAGAAGGACCAGUUUGUGUCAGGCGUUAAAAGAAACAGCCGAGCUUGCUCGAAAGGGUAGUUUGAAAUUUCAAGACCUUGUCGUCAACGAUCCAGUGGGAGAAAUCAAGCUGUGUCAGGAUAAGAUUCAGGAAAUUGAACGCGAAGUAUCUGAUGAUAUUUCGGCAGUCGCUAAGGAUAGGUUACUUUCGCGUUGCAAGUACUUAAUAUGUCGUCUCUCUCGGUUGGAUCAAAAUCUUGAGGAAGUUCAGCUACUGAAAGGAACAGUAUCUACUAUUAUGGAACGGUUGCUGGGAGAUGACUCGUCAGCCUCUUCUGAAUCUGACGGAGAAGAUCCUGCGUCUGCUGUAGGUGACCGAAUUGUCCGAGAAGUGGUAUACAAACCGGAAAAGAUUUUUAAUAUAAAUUCCUUGAACUUGAAAUUCAAAGGCGAUACUUGCGUUCGCUCUUUUUUGUCGCGGUUGGAGGAACUACGCGUUGCUCGUAGGAUUUCCGAGAACCGAAUUUAUAGGGGUUUCCCCGAGAUUCUUGAGGGACCGGCGUUGUCAUGGUUUCGAUCUCAGCGUACAGACUUGUUGUCCUAUCGGGAGGUAGUAUCCGCUUUAAGGGAAGAGUUUGAUAUUCCAGAUUUGGAUCAUCUUCUUUUACAAGAGAUUAGAAACCGGACACAGGAUAAGUCCGAGACUAUCGUGUAUUUUGUCUCCACGGUGCUGGGAAUGUACGACCGUCUGAGCCGUCAGGUUCCUGAAGAGGAUAAGCUGGACACGCUGAUGCGUAAUAUUAGGCCGGAGUUUUCGAAGGAUUUGGCUCUUCAUGAUGUCAGGUCCAUUAAACAACUGAAAGACUUGUGUAGGAGGAUUGAAUUGGCUCAAGUUAAGGCAAAGCAGUUUCAUGAACCGCUGUUAUCAAAGAAAUCGGGGUCGUCAUCCCUAGGUACUGAGGAAAAUAAGGGUGAGACUAGAAAUAGGUUUGGUUCUGCUCGUACUUCUAACAUGUCUAAGACUUUUGUCGCUGCUGUAGGGCAGACCUCUUCCGGAAGGAAUGACCUUUUCUGUUUUCGUUGCGGGAAAACCAAUCAUCCUACUAGGGCGUGUAGAUCUUCUAGGGAAACUGUGUGUUUUAAAUGUGGUGCGAAGGGAGUUCGUACCCCUGAGUGCCCAAAAUGUAACCCGGUUCCAAAAAACUGAAUAACUUUGUCUCUUCUAAAAAGAAAACAUCCCUCCUAUCCACUCCUGUACAAGUAGAAGAGACAAUUCAUUUUAAUCCUCCACAGGGUGAUAAUCGACUUUACUUGCCUUUGAAAGUAUUUGACUUAACAGUGAGAGCGUUAUUAGACUCAGGAUCAUCGGUUAGCCUUUUGGGUCGCGGUAGCCAGUCCAUUUUCGAAUCGGUAGGCAUCCCAGUACAGGAACGCGACAAACCUCUUUCUUUGAGGGUGGCCGAUGGCCAUCCACUCUUAAUUACUCAUUACAUGAUGAUACCUAUAAACUUCAAAGGUGAAUUAAAAUUAAUACAUUUUGACAUUCAACCGAAUAUUAAAAAUCGGAUGAUUCUUGGCCUCAACUUUUGGCGUGCUUAUGAUUUAAUUCCGGAAAAAAUUAAAGAUGUAGUAGAAACUUUUAAUGAUGGACGCGUCUCUUGCAGUGCUACCUUACCCAACGCGUCGGGAUUAAAUGAUUAUAACAAUUUGACUCACGACCAAAAGAAUCGUUUAGAAAAGGCUAAAAAAUUGUAUGAACAAAUUGAUACUGACAAGGUAGGAUUGGGAAAAACCCACCUCAUAGAACAUGUUAUAGACACGGGUAAUGCACACCCGAUUAAACAAAAAUAUUACCGUCUUAGUCCGGAUAAGCUUGCGGCUUUG